GCAGGGCCUCCAGCAACUGCAGCACGUGAAGACCUACAGCCGGAAGGCAGCAGCUGUAUUGCAGGGGUGGCCACACCCUCCACCCAGGAGGUGAUGAGCAUCUAUGAGGCCAGCAGGAAAGGACUCAUCCCCGCGGGGUUUGCGGCCCAGCUGCUGGAGGCUCAGGUGGCCACAGGGUUCAUGCUGGACCCCCAUGGCCACCAGAGGCUCUCUGUGGACGAGGCCAUGGCUGCCGGCCUGGUGGGCGAAGAGCUGCAGGAAAGGCUCCUGAACGCUGAGAACGCCGCCAAAGGCUACACAGAUCUGGCUACAGGACACACAAUCUCGUUCCAGGCGAUGAAGAAAAAGCUAUUGAAACAGGACUUGGCACUCAGACUGCUCGAGGUGCAGGUGGACGGGGGCAUCGUGGACCCGCUGCACCACCACCGGCUUCCGCUGGACACGGCCUACAGACGCGGCUCUCUGGACCAGAACACGUACCCACUCGCUGAGGAGCAGAAGUGCAUGCAUAAAAGGUUUGUGGAUCCCAACACGCAGGAGAAGGGGACUUACCAGGAGCUGCAGGAGAGGGGCCACCGGGAAGAGGGCACGGACUGGGCCCUGUUCCCCAGGGUCAGCGGCAGAUGGGACUCCAACUUCAUCAACAAGGCAACCAGAAGGGCCCUCAAAGCCGAGCAGGUGGAUGUCACAGUGGGAAGGUUCAAGGGCCAGAGACCAUCGGUCUGGGAACUGCUGAACUCAGAAUACUUGACAGAGGACAAAAAACGUGAGUUAGUAGUAAAAUACAAGAAGAACACGACACGUGCACUAGAGAAGGUAGUAAAAGUUAUUUUCGAGACAACUGAUGAGAAGGAAAAGAGCAAUAGACAGUUAUGGUUCAGAGGGGUCAGGAGGCAGAUCACAGCCUCUGAACUCUUCCAAUCAGGCAUCAUCACUGAGGAGGACCGGAGGGAGGGCGGGCCACCGUGGAGGACCCAAAAAUGCCAGGGGGUAAAGCGCUACCUGGAGGGCACCAGCUGCAUCGCGGGCAUGCUGGUGCCUGCCAAGGACGAGCCCGGGCGCCAGGAGAAGAGCAUCUACCAGGCCAUGUGGAAGGUCGUCCUGAGGCCGGGCACAGCCCUGGUGCUGCUGGAGGCACAGGCAGCCACGGGCUUCGUCAUCAACCCCGUGGAGAACCGGAGGCUGACUGUGCAGGAGGCGUUUGCAGCCGGGAUGUUCAGCAGUGAAACCUACCAGAAGCUGCUGUCAGCCAAGCGCAGCGUCACCGGCUACACCGACCCCUACACCGGGGAGCAGAUCUCCCUCUUCCAGGCCGUGAAGAAGGACCUCAUCGUCCGGGAGCAUGGUAUCCGCCUGCUGCAGGCCCAGAUCGCCACGGGCAGCGUCAUCGACCCCAUGCACAGCCGCCGCCUGCCCGUGGACGUGGCCUACCGGCACGGCUACUUCAACAAGGGGAUGAACCGCGUCCUGGAGGACCCCAGCGACAACACCAAGGGCUUCUUCAACCCCAACACACACGAGAACUUCACCUAUGUGCAGCUGCUCCAGAGGGCUACUCCUGACCCAGAAACAGGCCUCUUGUUUCUUCUCUGUCUGGAAAGUGAGUGGGUAUUCUUUCUAAUUGGUUGUUUUUUCCAACCCUGAAAAACAUAUGACAAUAUUUUUAAACACUUUUUAGUGUGCCAGUAUCUGUGUGCAAUGUGUUCAACUUACGUGUACAGUGACAUUCUACUCUCUUCCAUCCUUUUUUGCUUCUGGUUCCUCAUUGCAUUAAAGGAAAGGCAUUGUCCUUUAUGAUUUUUUUCUUUUCACCCUUGGUGUUAUCAGUUGUGAAUUUUCAAUUAAAAUUUCACAAGUGGCCAUUUCUGAUAGACUCUGAUGCAUUUAGAGUGAAGGACUUUCCUUUGUUUCCUUGGCCUAUCACACUGAAGUGUAUGCAUCAAUUUGUUAUAUUCCCAUUUUAA